CCGGACGUCUCUCGCAACGUUCAACAAAUGUUUGGAGAGUUAAACAUUAAAUCGAGUCCUCCCAAAUGCUUCUAAUCUGGCUGCUCGUCAUCCCAUCAGUGGCCACCUACGUUUGCAAAAGCGCCUGCGAACUCUGCACGAUGGGCACGAACCAGGGGUCCGCUUCCUGUGCGCUGUGCAGGGAUUGCAAGAGAUCCGUAAAUCGUCGCAUGAUGGAUUUCCCCCAAAGGAUACCAACUCUAAGCGACCAGCAGAAGAAAGAUUUGAAAGAAUUGGAGAAAUCAGAGUUCAAAAAGGUUAUGCAGGAGUACGGGUUGAAGCCGGAGGACUUGAUAGAUACUGACAUUGGGAGUAUGGAGGAUACGCAGACUCCUAAUCCUAAGAAUAGGACGACAAGAGGUACCUAG